AUGUUUUUUAUUUUUCGAAAUACUUUAAUUAUUCUUUUUCUAUUAAUAAAAUAUUUAAUAACAAAACAAGAUACGUCCAGUGAUCCUCCAUAUAUUACUGAAUAUUUCCAUCUUAUAUCAACGAUUGAUACACCAUUACAUUUAAAAAAACAUUAUGGUAUGCAUGAAUCAUCUAUUGAUUUUUAUCCAGGUACUAUGAAUAUUAUUUUAAGUGUACCACAUGAUGGUAGUCUUUCAUCAAAUUUACCAACAAGACCAAAAUAUGCUUGUAGAAAAUCUAAUAGUACAAGUAAAAAAUGUUAUUAUCAAAAUCCAUGUGUAUCUCCAAUAUUUAAAAUUAAUUCAAAAAUUUGUAAAAUACAUCAUGGUCGUGAUAAAAAUACACGUCUUCUUGCAUUAGCACUUCGUUAUGAAUUAAAUCAAUUAUUUAAAUUAAAACCAUUUGUUAUUAUUAAUAGAUUAGAACGAUCAAAAGUUGAUAUGAAUCGUUUUAUUGAUGAAGGAACAUUUGGUGCAUCGAAUAGUAUGCAUGCAUGGAUGAGAUAUCAUUUCUAUUUGAAACAUGCAAGAGAAAUUAUUAUAAAUCAUGAGAAUAAUUAUGAAGGAAAAGGAUUAUUAUUUGAUAUACAUUCACAAGAUCAUGAAGAAGGUUGGGUUGAACUAGGUUAUAUGCUAAGUAGUCGUCAGUUAUCAACAAAAAAUUAUACACUAAAAAGUUCUUCAUUAGCAUCAUAUUUAACAACAUUAUUCAAUCCAAAAGAACUCAUAAGUGGAAAUAAAUCUCUUGGAUAUUUUAUUACAAAAUAUAAAUAUUUAGCAGUACCAAGUCCAACAUUUCCAUCACCACUUAAUCAUUCCUAUUUUGAAUGGGGUUAUACAAUUGAAGAAUAUGGUCGAUAUUAUAAUUUCAGUGCAAUUAUGAUUGAGUCACCUUCAAAUCAACUUCUUAAUCGAACAAAAUUAUAUAUGUAUGCUAAAUCAUUAGCAUUAGCUUUACAUGAUUAUCUUAUUGAUAUUGAACUUUUAGAACCUCUCAUUAAACCUGAAAUUAUUAAUCAAACUCAAAUCAUUAAACCUGAAACUAUUAAUCAAACUCAAAUCAUUAAACAAUGUAAUUAUAGUAAAAAAUUAAAUGUUCAGAUAAGUUUUUUUAUGUUCCUGUUCAUAAAUAUUAUUAAUCAUUUUUGA